AUGGAGGAUGCCGAAAAGCUUUCCAGUGGUUCGGGAAACAAUGUUCCAGAGUCAAAAAGUGAAGUCGUAGACGCUAACGUUGAAAGCAAAACAGAGAAAUUUCCCGGUUCAGCUACUGUCUUGGGCGAUGUAACUGAAAUGGAGAAUGAAGGAGAAGAUGUAAAUAGAUGUUCAAAUGAAGUAAAAGACAACCAUUGUAAUGCCAAGGUGAAAGAAAAAUAUAAUCACAAUAGUGUGACCAACGAGGAAGGGUCUGUUCAUGAAGAAAUCAGUACCAAAAGUGGGAAUGUUGAGCAAAUAAAAGCUGUUGCGAAAAAUGAGCUGAAUGGUUGUGGAAGUUCAGUGGAGAAACAAGCAGAUAUGGGAAAAGAAGUGGUUGAACAAAAAUCUGCUAGUUGUGGUUUGCAAGAGAACCCAACGGAGAAGGAGAUGGACAAUGGAAAUCAUGUGAAGGAUGUGGCGGAAAAAUUCAAUGAAGAUGUCAAUGAGAAAAUGCCUGAAAGAAUCUGCGAGUUAAACUCGGAUGGUGCUGAACGUGUUUCAUUAGGAGAAAAGAUAAUGGAGACUGCUCAUGUGGACCAUGGGAAACUUUCUUCAUAUGAACCCCAUGAAAGACAGGAAAUGGAUCUAGACAAUGUUCAGCACGUUGAGGAUGUAGAAAUGAAUGAUACAGCUAAUAUGGAUAAGUAUAAACGAGACCAAGAUAGUCUGAUGGGGCAAGGCACGGAAACAGUUCUUCCUACUAAAACUGAUGGUAAUGACCAGACUGAUGUAGUUUCUGCCAAACAUGAAGAGGAAGACGCUUUGUGCCUGGACGAGCAUGAAGCUGCUAAAACAGAUUCCCUUGGUGUAAAUUCUCCUGCCAAGAUGGGAGAAGGCGAUGAUGGAACACUAGAGGAUCAAAUUGCGUUCAUGAAGGAACUUGAGAGUUUCCACAGGGAGAAGGCAUUAGACUUCAAACCGCCCAAAUUUUACGGGCAGCCACUAAAUUGCCUAAAGUUAUGGAGGGCUGUGAUUAGGUUGGGAGGCUACGACACGGUAACUGGAGCCAAAUUGUGGAGGCAGGUGGGAGAAUCAUUUCACCCCCCAAAAACUUGUACUACAGUGUCUUGGACGUUCCGCAUUUUCUAUGAGAAGUCUCUUCUGGAAUAUGAAAAGCAUAAGAUACAAAUUGGUGAGCUUCGACUUCCCAUACCAACAGCACCUGAAGCUUCUGGUGUUGAUGCUGAGGGAAGUGGUUAUCAGGGUUCAGGAUCAGGAAAGGCUAGAAAAGAUGCUGCUGCUCGUGGUCAACGUGUUUCUGGUAGUGAGAUUAGUGAGCCUAUUAUAAAGGACAAGAGUCUGAGCAAUAUGGUUAAGCGUGAGAAGGUUAUAAAAAGCAUUGGCUCUCUCAAACAGAAAAGACCAAAUGAAAUGGAGCAUUCAAAUAAACUUUCCAGAACUGAUAUACCCAAGCAGUUAAUUCAGUCAGUUGUUGAUGUUGGGCCUCCAGCGGACUGGGUGAAGAUUAAUGUUCGCCAAACUAAAGAUUGUUUUGAGGUCUAUGCUCUAGUUCCUGGGCUUUUACGUGAAGAGGUACGCGUUCAAUCAGAUCCCUCUGGACAUGUAGUCAUAACAGGUCAGCCUGAGCAAAUUGAUAAUCCUUGGGGGAUUACGCCGUUUAAAAAGGUGAUAACCUUACCGGCAAAAAUCGAUACACUUCAGACUUCAGCCGUGGUUAGCCUGCAUGGACGUCUCUUUGUCCGGGCUCCUUUCGAGCAGUCGAAAUAA